AUGAAAGAUAGUAAAGGCUGGGAUGGAAAGCUAAGAGUCGAGCCUCAGGCUACGAUCACGAAUCCAGAGGCCCUGGAGGAUCCAAAUUACUCCGAUUCUGAUGCGCCGCCGGUUGACGAGAUUGAGGCUGAUGAGGAUCUGCUCGAGGAUGAGGAUCUCGAGACGCAAGAAAUCGACCUCGUACAUUGUCGCGUCACUUCGAUCCCAGCUUUGCGACUAGAACGAUUUCCCAAGCUCCAGAGAAUAUGCCUCCGACAGAACCAGAUUUCUCGCAUCGACUUCCCCUCCGAAAUCGCGCCCACGCUGUUCGAACUCGACCUCUACGAUAACCUUAUUUCGCACGUCAAGGGUCUCGAUGAGUUCCGGGACCUGACGAGUCUAGAUCUGAGCUUCAACAAGAUCAAGCACAUCAAGAAUAUCUCGCAUUUGGUGAAUCUGACAGAUCUGUACUUUGUUCAGAACAGGAUAUCCAAGAUUGAGGGGUUGGAGGGCUUGACUAAGUUGCGGAAUCUAGAGCUGGGGGCAAACAGGAUUAGGGAAAUCGAAAAUCUUGACACUCUAACCUCGUUGGAGGAGCUCUGGCUUGGGAAGAACAAGAUUACAGAAAUGAAGAACCUCGACGCGCUGUCGAACCUCCGCAUCAUCUCCAUCCAGUCGAAUCGACUCACCAGCAUUACUGGCCUCUCCUCGCUCAAGAACCUCGAAGAACUCUACCUAUCCCACAACGCCGUCACCGACCUCAGCGGUCUCGAGUCCAAUACCUCGUUGCGCGUCCUGGAUUUCUCCAAUAAUCAAGUUUCGAAGCUGGAACACAUCUCCCAUCUGAAGAAUCUGGAGGAGCUGUGGGCGUCCAACAACGAACUCUCGAGCUUCGAGGAGGUGGAGCGCGAGUUGAAGGAUAAGGAGAAGCUGCAGACGGUAUAUUUUGAAGGGAACCCAUUGCAGACCAAGGGGCCGGCGGUGUAUCGAAACAAGGUGCGGUUGGCGCUGCCGCAAAUUAUGCAGAUUGAUGCGACCUUUGUUCGGGUCGGGUGA